AUGAAUCUCGUGAAUUACUCAAGGAAUCUAAUCUCCUGGAAAGUGGAUGAAGACUUUUCUUUUUGGGAAGAGUCAUCAAAAUCUAAUAUCUCAAAAGAUGCUAGUUUAGACAAAAAGACCUCCAUUACCCUCAACACACAAUCAAAUGAUCUUGCUGUUGAUUCUAUUGUUAUGUCAACACCAGGGAUACUUGGAGCUUUCAAGCCUUCUAGUAAUAUUUCAGUUACAUUUAAUGAUGUGAAAACUCACAAACAAGUUCCUUUGAAGAAGGAAAAUGGUCAGAUAUCAAUGGUGCCUCUUUUCCAAAGUCAAGAAUGCAUUGCUGGAGUGAUAUCUGUAGACCCAAUGCAAGGGAAGAAGGUCGAACAUAAUGGCAUUAAAAUAGAACUCCUUUUUCAAAUUGAUCAAUGUGUCAAUAUAUAA